GCGCAGCUUCCGGUUCCGCCUGUUCUGGCGCACGUAAUCGCCGGGUGCACGUGCAUCCCCGCUGGUUAAGAGUUGCAGGUAGCGGUAGCGAUGGACACUCUGGAUCGAGUUGUAAAGCCCAAAACGAAAAGAGCCAAGAGAUUCCUUGAGAAGAGAGAACCGAAACUCAAUGAAAAUAUUAAAAAUGCCAUGCUGAUUAAAGGGGGAAAUGCAAAUGCAACAGUGACACAAGUACUUAAAGAUGUGUAUGCACUGAAAAAACCAUAUGGUGUGCUAUAUAAAAAGAAAAAUAUUACAAGACCUUUUGAGGAUCAGACAUCACUGGAAUUCUUUUCAAAGAAGUCAGAUUGUUCUUUAUUCAUGUUUGGCUCCCAUAAUAAGAAGCGGCCAAAUAAUCUAGUAAUCGGUCGUAUGUAUGACUACCAUGUGCUGGAUAUGAUUGAAUUAGGUAUUGAGAAUUUUGUCUCUCUAAAAGACAUUAAGAACGGUAAAUGUCCUGAGGGAACAAAACCCAUGCUAAUAUUUGCUGGUGAUGAUUUUGAUGUAACAGAAGAUUAUAGAAGACUAAAAAGUCUUCUUAUUGAUUUCUUCAGAGGCCCCACAGUAUCAAAUAUCCGCCUGGCUGGAUUAGAGUAUGUUCUGCACUUCACCGCACUGAAUGGGAAGAUUUACUUUCGAAGCUAUAAAUUGCUGUUGAAGAAAUCUGGUUGCAGAACACCACGGAUUGAAUUGGAAGAGAUGGGACCCUCAUUGAAUCUGGUUCUGAGGAGGACACACCUGGCAUCAGAUGACCUUUAUAAAUUAUCUAUGAAAAUGCCAAAAGCUCUCAAGCCAAAGAAGAAGAAAAAUAUUUCCCAUGAUACUUUUGGUGCAACUUAUGGAAGGAUUCAUAUGCAAAAGCAAGACCUAAGCAAACUACAAACCAGGAAAAUGAAGGGGUUGAAGAAGCGACCUGCAGAAAGGAUAACAGAAGACCAGGAGAAAAAGUCAAAAAGAAUUAAAAAAAAUUGAUGGAACUUAGCCAGCCACUACUGUUUCAUUGUGUUCUACUUAAAAGAAUUAUCAAGCGUCAAUCCAUUCAGAGUUUCUUAUAAGAUCUUAUUAUAUAUUUUUAUAACAUGAUAAUUUUACGAUAUAUUAUUAUGAACAGUAAUAUACUAGUAUUAAGUGUAAAGUAAGCCUUUUAUUUGAGACAUUACACCCUGGUGUGCCAUUUUCUCUUGUGAUAUCCCCUGCCCUCCACAAAUUCUUCUUUUUCAUUGGGUGGAUGGGUGGGUGAGGAGGGAUCUCCAUAACCAUUGGGAUUUUUUUGAAUUUCUGGCCUUAGCUAAAGAAAGCCACAGGAAGCAGAAAUGACCUGCAGGAGCUGUGUAGACACUCUCCAUAUGAAUUACCUGGAAAGUUAAUCUCCUCUCCCAACAUGGAUCUACAUUCUGAUUUUUAUUUUCUACUUUUAUUUUGCCUGAAAUCCUACUAGUUGACAUUUGAGAUUUUAAGCUUUGUGGCUGAAAAUAUAUAGAUCUCUGAGA